AUGCAAUAGGAUUUUAUGAUCUAGAUUUAAAACUUAUAAUAGAAUAUCAAUAUAAAAGAGGCAAUAACAACAAUUACAGAAUUAACCAUAUUUGGUGAUUAAAAUAAUUAAGACAUUUUUGAGUAUGAAUUUCAAGAUUAGAUAGUAUUUUUAUUGAAUAGAAAAUAAUUGAUGAAUUUCUUAGGAUUCUUAAAAAAACAAAUGAAUCAGAUGUUAUAAUUACUAUAUUAUCAUCUGUUUCCAUGUUAUUGUAACCAAAUCAAAUUUAUAUGAUGUAGUACUAAUAUCAAUAAAAAUAUAAUUGUUCUCCUAUCCUUACCUUAAUUGAACGAAUUCAUCAUAUUUGAUUAUAAUUUGAAAAAAGAAGAAAUCCCAGAUUACUACAUCAAUUUUAUUAAAAUUAUCUCUAAUAAACUAAAUGCUAACAAUAUCAAUUUAUUCUUUAAUUCUGUAAGUAUAUAUAUAAUUAAACACAUAUAGAAAUAUUGCUAGUUCCCAUUAUUGCUUUACUCAUAAAACUUUUACAAUUCAAAAGAUAAUUUAACUAGAAUAUAUGCCAGACAUUUACUAUUACAUAUUUUGAAAAUCACUAAAGAAUCUAAAUUAAGUCAUAUUCUAAUAAAGUACUUGCAAUGUUAUCCUUUUUUACAAGUUCUAUCAAAUCAUGUGUAAUUCAUGAAGGAUUUGUUCUUAAAUACUAAAGAGAAGAAUGAUGAUUUUGAUGAAGAACUUAAACUUAUGGAUCAUUUCUUUAAAGAUGUUUCUAAAAUAAUUCCUGAAUUGUAAUAAGUAAUAGCUUCCAUAUUUUUAAGAUUUUAGAUAAUUUAUUCAUGUAGAUCUUAAUCUUACCAUAUUAUAAGUAACUACCAAAUAUAUAAGAGGAUUAAAAGAAUUAAUGUUUUAAUAUUAUCUUACACUUUUUAUAAAAUGAUAUUUAUAUUAGUGAAAGAUUGUCUCUUGCAAUAUUUACAUUGAUGUUUUCACAUGAAAUUCCUUAAUUUCAGAUAUUUGAAAUUGAAGUAAAUUACUUACCAGUUUAAGAUACUGAUUUAAAAGAUAUUUGUUCUAAUUUCUUUUCAAAUUCAUAAGGUAUAUAAGAAUCACGUUUUAUGAUAUUGGAAAAAUUAAAUUAUACUCUAUCAUUUAUUCCAUAUUUAACAAGUUAUUAUUCAAAAACUAACCCAAAAUAAAUAUUAUUUGAUGAAUUAUUGAAAAAUGAUAUUAUUUCUAAUUUAACAAUGAUCUGUAAAAUGUAUUAGAAUAAGUAGUUACAAUAUAAUAUAUAUAAUAUUUAUGCUUAAUUGAAUUGUUUAAAUGAAAGUAAUUAUUAAUAAGUUUUGAAUAUAAUACUUAUUUUAAUGAUGAAUAAACAUAUUUAUUAAAUGACUUCAUCUUAAAAAGUAAUGUUCCUUAUUAAUUUAAUUAAUAUUAUGAUAAAUGAAUAAGAGAAAGGAUUAAAUACAAUUGAAAAUUGUAAAAUAAGUAUUCAAAUAGUCAAAGAAUUAAUUUCAAAUUAUGAGAAGAGAUUUAUGAUUGCCUUAUUGAGAUGUAAAAUAUUAAAAUAAAUGGAAAUUCACUUUGUCAAUUCAGAAAUCAUUUAUUAUAAAUACUUUCUUAAAAUUUAAUAAUGUAUUGAAGAUGAAAACAUAUAAAUAUUUAAAAAUAAACCAGAAACACAUUAAAUAAUAAGAUUUUUGAUGGUUUUAAAUGUAAUAUUUGAAUAGGGAUGGCUAAAAAAUCCAUUUUAGAAAAUUAAUUAUAAUUUAGUUUUUGAACUAAAGUCAUAUAAAAAUGGAUAGAUUAAAUUAAUUAAUUGUUAAAUAAUUAUAGAUGAUAAUACUUAUGAUAUAGAAGAAUUAGAAAUAAAGUAUGAUUAAGUUGAAAAUAAAGUGAUCAUUGUAAAUUUAUUUGAUGAUAAUGAAAAUACAAAAAUUGAAUUUGAAAAUGUAAAAGAAUAAAAUGAUUUUUUAACAGAAUUUUAGAGAAGACAAUAAAUUUAGGAAUAACACUUUGUUCCUGAAAUAUUACAAUAAUUAAAUAAAUUAUACUUAUGA